GGGAGGUCCGGACAGUGGCGGCCAUGGGACUCACGGCCCCGUCCCAGCUCCCUCUAAGGAUCCUCAGGAGCUUCUACUAAUAAGGGAGUUUACUGGCCAUGACUGAGAAUUUUGAGGACUUCUUGACUUUGUCAUUUACGUUGCUUGAGUAGGGACGUUUUACAGUUUGCUUAACAUGUAUCGCUCGGAGAGAGAAUUCACCAGAUUUUUACAGCCUCUCUUCACUUAUAGAAGCCAAGAUUCAAGUCCACACUGAAAGGGCACUUGUACAGGAAAGGCCUACAUAAGUAAAAGAAGGAUCCCAAAAAGAGAAGGGAGCAGUUUGAGUAUAACUACCCUUGAAUAAGGAAGGAGAAACGGGAUUGUCUGCAGCAUGAGCUCCAGGUAACACUUGAAGAGAGUGUUCUUAAAAGUGACAGAAGACACAUUUCUUAACAGGCUUGCUCUGAGAACUGAUCGUGAACCACCUCAGCAUGGCCAAUAGAAGAGGAGGUGGGCAAGGCCAGCCUCCUUCAGCGUCUCCUUCCCCCGGUAGCUCUGGAAGUCUUUCCACUGAUAGGACCUGCACUCAUAAUAUAUGCAUGGUGUCUGACUUUUUCUACCCAAACAUGGGAGGUGUGGAAAGCCACAUUUACCAGCUCUCUCAGUGCCUCAUUGAGAGGGGGCACAAAGUCAUAACUGUCACCCAUGCUUAUGGAAAUCGAAAGGGCGUCCGUUACCUCACCAAUGGCCUCAAAGUUUACUAUUUGCCUCUGAGAGUCAUGUACAACCAAUCUACAGCCACGACUCUCUUUCACAGUCUGCCAUUGCUCAGGUACAUAUUUGUUCGGGAGAGAAUUACGAUAAUCCAUUCCCACAGUUCUUUCUCUGCCAUGGCCCAUGAUGCUCUCUUCCACGCCAAGACAAUGGGGCUUCAGACAGUCUUCACAGACCAUUCCCUUUUUGGAUUUGCUGAUGUCAGCUCGGUGCUUACAAACAAGCUUCUUACUGUGUCUCUUUGUGACACAAACCACAUCAUUUGUGUCUCUUACACUAGUAAGGAGAACACUGUACUCAGAGCAGCACUGAAUCCUGAAAUAGUGUCCGUCAUUCCUAACGCUGUAGAUCCUACUGACUUCACUCCAGAACCAUUUAGGAGGCAUGAUAGUGUAAUAACUGUUGUUGUUGUCAGCAGACUUGUUUACAGAAAAGGGACUGAUUUGCUUAGUGGUAUAAUACCUGAACUCUGUCAGAAAUACCAAGAAUUAAACUUCCUGAUUGGAGGAGAGGGACCAAAGAGGAUCAUUUUGGAAGAAGUCCGGGAGAGAUACCAGCUGCACGACAGGGUGCAACUUUUGGGAGCUUUAGAACACAAGGAUGUUAGAAAUGUCCUAGUUCAAGGACAUAUUUUUCUUAACACCUCCCUCACGGAAGCAUUCUGCAUGGCAAUCGUGGAAGCCGCCAGUUGUGGUUUGCAGGUCGUCAGCACAAAGGUUGGUGGGAUUCCUGAAGUCCUUCCAGAAAGUCUUAUUAUUUUAUGUGAGCCUUCAGUAAAAUCUUUGUGUGAAGGUCUGGAAAAAGCCAUUUUCCAAGUGAAGUCGGGGACAUUGCCUGCUCCAGAAAAUAUCCACAAUGUAGUGAAGACUUUCUACACCUGGCGGAACGUGGCAGAGAGAACUGAAAAAGUGUAUGAGCGAGUGUCAAAGGAAACCGUGUUGCCAAUGCACAAGAGAUUGGACAGGCUCAUCUCUCACUGUGGCCCAGUGACAGGCUACAUUUUUGCUUUGCUGGCCGUGCUCAGCUAUCUCUUCCUCAUUUUCCUGCAAUGGAUGACUCCAGACUCUGUCAUUGAUGUUGCAAUAGAUGCUACUGGGCCAAGGAGAGCCUGGACUCAUCAGUGGCCUCGUGAUAAGAAAAGAGAUGAGAAUGAUAAAGUAUCCAAAAGCAGGUAGAAGCAAGCCCAAAUUAACAAGUCCUAUUAGAUACUUGCAAUAGUCCUGUUAGCAUUUGAAAAUAAUUUUGCUCAUUGUUUUUGGGUUUUCGAGUUGGUUUUGUAAAUUAUGCUACCUCUGUAUCGUUCACUUUUGUUUUUGAAAAAAGAUACUUAUGCAAUUCCUGA